AUUUAAGUUUUGAUCCUCAAAACGUAACCAUGGUCGACAGCAUGGACAUAGACGGUACUAGGAUAUCUUACAUCGUGCAAGAACCGGGUAACGCUAAUGGCAUUUUCUCAAUGCAGAAUCCCAUGCCGUGGGACGACGACUCAGGCGCCAAAUUCGUGUGCAGCUUAUGCCACAAGACAUUCUACAAUGCUGUUGCCUUGCAAAACCACAAGAACAUGCAACACGACGGGCAGUGCUCGGGCAGCGACGCAGAGUUCCAGUCGGCCACGGGCCAGUUGAAUAGCCAAAGUAUGAGUUACGACUACAAGUUCUAUCCGUUGAAAAAACCGUACGACCCAAGCGAAAUGACAAUCCAAAAGGACGGUAUAACGACCAGAACAUACUCUGAAGACACCACGUUCCUCAUAGUGAAAGUAGAGGGAGUCAGCAUCGAUGACAAGAGGCGCCGGCUCGAGGGUGUGGUCAAAAGAGCGAGGAUGAAGCCGGCCAAACAGACUGUGGACUUGAGGGGUCCCUUCACGUGCACUUUGCCAUCGACGUUGCGGCCUGACAUGCAGUGUCACCAGGUGUUCUUCAACUGCUGCCAAUACUCCCUUCACUACCGAGAGGAACACACCAAGCGACGAAAGGCCGCUUUACGCUGCCAAAUAUGCGAGAAAAGAUUGGACGAAGACUUUUAUCUAGGCUUGAGGGCGCCGAGUCGCGCUACGUUUUCAUGUCGUCUAUGCAAUAUGACGUUUCAUGACAGUUUAGACUAUGAUGAGCACAACAGCUCCGUUCACGCUAAAGUCAAGCCUCACCAAUGUUCGCUCUGCGCUAAGCGCUUUACGCAACAAGGCGGCCUGCAGCAGCACAUGCGAAUGCAUAGCGGCGUCCGUCCAUUCGCCUGCACUUAUUGCCCAAAAGCUUUCACCCAACGGGCCGGCUUGGAUCAGCAUCUACGCAUCCACACUAAAAUAAAGCCGUUCAAAUGCGUUAUUUGCCACAAGUGCUUCUCCCAGUCCGUACAUCUGCGGCAGCAUAUGCGCACGCAUACUAACAUUCAGCCGUUCGAGUGUUCGGUUUGCGGGCGGCGGUUCAAGCAGACGAGUCACUUGAAUUUCCACAUGCGUUCGCACGCGAACGAGUGUCAGGCGGGGGUGAUGGAGAAGCUGGAACAGUUGGCGCUGCACGGGCAGGCGUCGCCGCUGAGCCUGGCGCGGCUGCAGCCAGUGCGGGACGGAGACACGCUGUACUACGCCGCCGAGCUGGCAACGCCGGACUCUCACUACUAUCAGCAGGUCGCCGAGUCCGGAAAUUACCUACAUGCUUGAGGUAGAUUUUCUUAAAAUUGCUUUAUGCUUUAACUAGGACGUAAUGUCCUUAUUUUGUGUAGUUGCCCUGUAUGUCUUGCAAUAGCAUGUUUUAUCGCUACAAUGCAAUUAACUGUAACGGCAUGUAGCUUUUGAACGUACAUGUAUUUUCGUAAAAGUUAAUAUAACAAUUGCUAGUAAGUAGCAGAUAACGCAAACUUCUAUUCGUAAAUAAAUUGAUAAAUAUGUAAUGAUAAAAUCCUUAGUUUCUCAUGGCGCACUAAU